CACGGCGUCGAAUCAUAGGUGGGAGGAGCCACUACUGGGACCUUUGACCCCGCUCAUCCUCAUUUGCUUUGACAAUCAAAACAGAGGCUACAGUACGGACGGAUGACGGCAUAAACACGCGUCUCCUUAGAGCUCUCUGCUCCAACAAUAACAACUGAAUCUGUUUGUUAUUGAUGAAUAUAUUCACACUGAUUAGAUAACGAUUUGGUCAUUUCAGAGAUAAUAAUCUUCAUUAUUAAAGGAAUACUUUUGGUUAAUACAAUCCCCGAGUUGAGGGCUGAUGCCACUCUUAUUUCUAUUUCCUGGUAUCAAUCUUCUCAUCUAACUCUGCACAAAAGCGUGUAUUUAUCAAUUACAGUAUUUUUAUUUAUUUAUUUGAUUAACACGGGACCAUGUCCAAUAUUAAACAUGAAUGUGACUCUUUGAUGCUUGAAGCUCGUCUGACAGACGCUAUGUUUUGUUUUUGAGGCCAAUGCGGAUAUUUGAGUGAUUUAAAAAACGUAGAAGAAAACAUGUCGGCGUACAUCAGAGACUCGACACGAUCAACCAUUUGACGAGAACCCUUAAAUACGAUGCUUCGGUCCCUGCUGCUGCCCAGUCACGUCAGACUGAGAGCUCAGCUGGAUGAGGUGCUGGACAUGGAGCUGAUCCAGCAGCAGGUCGAUCACGGGGCUCUGGAUCUCCACCGACUGGCAGGAUACAUCACCAACACCAUGGCAUCCUUAUGUGCACCUGUACGUGACCCAGAGGUCAGGGCCCUGAGGGGCCUCGGGGACCCCGUGGAGCUCCUGAGGGGGAUCUUCCGCGUCUUGGGCCUGAUGAAGACCGACAUGGUGAACUUCACCAUCCAGAGCCUGAGGCCUCACCUCCUGCAGCAGGCCGUGCAGUACGAGAGGGCCAAGUUCCAGCAGAUCCUGGACAAGCAGCCGGCCUCUCUGGACCACACCGCCGCUUGGCUUCAGGCCGCGGCGUCGGAAGAGGCGGCGGCCGCCGGAGCUCGGUCUGAGUCUUCCAGUCCUGACAGACGAGGUCCCGUCAGCGCCACCGCCGUCCUCGACCGGGCCUGCGUGCGUCUGCUGCGCUGGGACCCGCGAGACCAGAAAUAUCCAGAGACGGUGCUGAUGGACCGAGCCCGCCUGGACGCUCUGGGCCAGCGGCUCCAGAUGCUGGUCCUGGAGGCGUCGGUGCUGCUCCUGACCAACGCUCAGUGUGGGGACGCCGUCUUCUCCCUGCAGGGGUUUGUAGGUAGACUCAGGCAGUCCGUCGCUGCCUUGCUGGAGGGCAGUCACACCAGGGAAGCUGACCUGAAGGGGGCGCUGCCGGGGCUCGGGGAGACGGUGCUGCAGCUGUUGACUGAAGCUGUGAGCGACCAGGGAGGAGCAGCGCUGCCUCCGGAGAGCCAGCAUCUGCUGAAAGGACAAAUAUCUGAGCUGUGGAAGCACAACCACCCUGUCCGCACACUCAUAGGGGAAAGAGUACAGGGCUUCCUCCGGGCCACGCUGCAGGGCGGCCUCGCUAAAAGGAGUCCAGAGCCGCCCGCCGCCCUCAGGCUGGUGGGCGCCGAGCUGGCCGAGCUGGCGACGGCCUUUGGGCGAAUCGUCCACUUCAACCGAAGCGUCUUUGGUCCUUUCUACGCGCCCGUCCUCAGGAAACUGCUGUUCCCACCAGGAGAGGACGAGACCGGAGAGGACUCGCGGUAGGCCGAGGCCGACCCGGACGACCUCUGACCUCCAACAUAAGAUGCCAUUUGGCAUCCAAUGCGUCGGCUACAGUGUAAAUACAGCGAACGAGAAUGUUCAAGGGGAAAAAGACAUUUACAGUCUGCAGAUUUUUAAAAAAAAAACGAAAUGGUAUAUUAUAUAUACUAUAUAUAUUUUUUUUUAGGUGUUGACAAAGAAAAAUAAAUUGCAUUGGUGCGUCUUCACCUCACAUUUGAGAGCACAAAACAUCAGGAAAACAGUGUGAAACAAAAAUGAGUAGCGGCUUUUACCCACCCAGAUAGUUUUCAGUGUGCUAAUGAAAAGAGUCUCAACGAGAGACUGAUUAUGAUUCUGAAAUGUUUUUGAAAAGGUAAAUUAACUGAAAAAAAACCCCUUUGUUGGUUUUCAGUUCACUUUAUCUCAAGAUAAACACCCUCAGGAAAAGUACCAAAGAUUAUGCAUACGUUUGUAAAUAAUACUUAUAUUAGUUUUAGUAGGUAGCUGGUUUCUCUUCUCAUCUUUAUGUUUAUAGAUGUUCAUGUUUAAUUUACCAAAGACAGUGCAAUUUUUUCUGAAUUCAUUUUUUUUUUUUUCAUCUUUUGAUUAUAAACCAAAGAUAUUCUCAAUGUUUCCCCACGGUUAAGAUUAGUGGGAGGUGGUGUACCAAACGGGUGCUUAUUUGUAAACGAAUAUCCAAUUAAUUAAUUUUCCAUUUUUCACUCUGCUAAGCGUCACCUUGACACAUUUUAAUCAGUAUUCUGGGGAAAUGAUUACUGUAUACACUUAUGAGUUAGUUAGUUAUUACACGUGUAUAUACAGCGAAACACAAACAAACAGAAUGUGACGGAUUACUCUUAGUUGCACUCAGCGAGCAUACUUUCAUAAUGUACGUAAAGGAAAACAUCAAUGGUUACCAUAAAUAUAUAUAUUUUUUAAAACACAAUUUAAAUGGUCUUGAACUUUAAAGCGAAACGGUUUUCAUAAAACGAGUUAAACAUGUGAGGCCCUCUCACUAAAGCUUGCACAAGUCAGUUGAAUGUAAUAUAACAAUACGCACACAUCUCUUGUUGAUGUAUUGGUUGCACCAUCCACUAAUCUCCAUAGCAGGGAAACACUGAUAUUGUACAAUAUAGUUCCCAUCUUGUUAUAUUCUUCACUCUAAAGUUGAAACAGCUGGUGUAAUGUUUUCUGUGUUUUACUUUUUAACCAUAAAACAAAAUCAAUGCUGACAACAGA